CAAGAGUUUCACAUGGGAGAUGAUGCUCCGCGCGAAAUGAAAACGAGUGCCAAUUUGGUAAAACCAACAUUAAUUGAUUGAUUAAAUGAAUUGACUUUAUACGACGCAUGGAGGCUAACGUGUAGGAUUGGUAUUUAUUUUGACUUUAUUCUCGCGCUCAGCGAACUUCUACAAUUGAGAUGACUUAAGUAAAGUCGAAUGACUUGCUGCCUGGCCAGGGAAGUGCUGUACAGUGGGCUUGAACAUUACUCAGCGCUUUGGUUAUAUCACAGAGAACAGCAGGAAAGAAAGGUCACUCUGUCGGUUUGUUGUCAAAUUGCAUUUUGCCGAUUUGCUUUGGAUUUGCGUGGCAAACAGGUGGAUCAAGUGGAUCAGCCGCCAUACAGGACACAGUGUGGUCUUGCUGUGCAUGCAGUUGAAUUGUAUCGUUAUGGCAUCGGACGCAAGCCAUAUGCUUGAGGCUGCCUUGGAGCAGAUGGAUGAUAUCAUUGCAGGCUCUAAGGCUGUCGCAGAGCUGAGUAACGGCCUGUAUGACCUGGGAUCGCCAGUCAGCUCGGCUCCCCUGCAGGUGCUGCAGCUGGCUGAAGACCUGAGGCUGGCCCUGGAGCUGCAGGCCUGUGACGGGGAGAGGGAGAUGCUGCGCUCACAGCUGCCCUGCGCCACAGCACACCUCCUCAUCGACUGGCUACAGAAAGGCUCGAUAAACCUCCAGUCACCCCCCAACAAUGAAACCUGUCAAGAGCGGCUGGCACGCUUAGAAGGGGAUAAACAGUCUUUGGUUCUUCAGGUGAGUGUGCUCACGGACCAGGUGGAGGCACAGGGGGAGAAGAUUCGGGACCUGGAGUGCUCACUUGAAGAGCACCACCACAAGCUUGUCUCCACUGAGGAAAUGCUACAACAGGAGUUGCUGAGCCGGACUUCUUUGGAGACGCAGAAACUGGAUCUCAUGGAUGAGGUUUCCUAUCUGAAACUGAAGCUGGUGGGCAUGGAGGAGGAACCGCAGAGCCCGGCCAACGGCGACGACAGGCAGCACAAAGCCGAGUCUGUGGUAAAUCUGAUUAGCGAGCUUCAGGAGCAGAUGUGUAAGUUUCAGGAGGAGAUCAGUACUCGCAUCCAGGAGAAGCGGGCUCUGGAGGGCCAGGGGAAUGCUGGCGCCCGUGAGCCCCACAGCCAGAGCCCCAGCCUUGGCCUGCUGGGCAGCCCUGACCCCGACGACUGCUGUCACUGUAGAGGAGAGAACGCUGGCCGCUGCGCUGCCCUGGUGCAGGAGCUGCGUCUGCUCAAGUUUAAAGUGGACGAGCUGGAGGGGGAGAAGAGCCAGUACGAGAGGAAGCUGAAGGCCACUAAGACGGAGAUUUCGGAGCUGAAGCAGCUCCUGGCGUCCAAGGACUCGGAGAUUGAGUGCCUGCAGAGCCAGCUGAUGGCCCGUGGAAUGCUGGGCAACGACGUCACGGAGAGAGAGGAUGUGUACAGGAGAAAGCUGAAAGACAAAUAUCAAGAGCUCCAGCGUCUGAAAAUAGGAAUGGAAUCCCUGUUAGCUGCCAAUGACGAGAAGGACCGCCAUAUUGACGAGCUCACCACUCUCUUGGGUCAGUACCGCAAGAUGAAGGAUGUGAUGGCCCUCUCACAAGUGUCCAAUGACAAGCUGCUGUGUGGGAGCAGCGAGGAGGAGCUGAGUGGGAGUCUGAAGAUGAGGGCCCUGACGCACAAAGCUCACUCGGACAUCAUGAGAUCGGAGAUGUCCUCCAGAGGCUCGUCUCCCCUGCUGGUCUCUCCCAUGUGCCUCCAGAAGGACAUGGACUCCAGCUGCCGUAGCUUCCAGAUGGCCAUGGAAUCCACAAUAUCACCUAGCAGCAUUAGCUACCACAACGGACAGUGGCAAGUCGAUCGGCCACGGCUCUUGUCCUCCAGUCUGGAAGAGCUGCAGAGCGGAUCUGUACACAAGCAUGUUGUGGGGCAGCCAAUAGAACCUGUUCUGCAGAACCAGCAUGCAGAUAAUAACAAAUACCGGACUCUGCCGGGCAAGCUGUCCAGACGGAAUGCAGAACAGAAUGGAGAGAGAGAGAAGUACUCUUCACCUCUGCAGCUGUCACCGGACGAGAGUGAGGACAGCCAGUUCAACCUCAGAAAGACAGAGAGGGCGGAUGACUCAACGCUGUCUGACCUCUCCCCCCUGUCAUCUGGAAGGGACUCGGGCCAGCAGUCGCCUGUCUCCCCAGAACACAGGAAAACACAGAGGGGCAUCAAGAAGCUGUGGGGGAAGAUCCGCAGGUCGCAGUCGGGAAGCCUGCCCGCGGGCGAGCCCGAGUCGGCCGAGUUCCGCAGAGGAGGCAUGAGAGCCACGGCUGGUCCGCGACUGGCCAACGCAGGACAGGCGGCACGCGACACGAACACGCCAUUCUCCAAGUGGAGCCCGGAGCAGGUGUGCAGCUGGCUGGAGGACUCCGGUCUUGGGCAGUACGCCAGCCAGACCCGCCAGUGGAUCAGCAGUGGGCAGACGCUCCUGUCCGCCAGCACACAGGACAUCGAGAAGGAGAUGGGGAUUAAGCAUCCUCUGCACAGGAAGAAGUUGCAGUUGGCCCUGCGCUCCUUCAGUAGCAAACUCACCGAGAAGUCUGCCGAGCUGGAUCACAUCUGGGUCACACGAUGGCUGGAUGAUAUUGGAUUACCUCAGUACAAGGACCAGUUCAAUGACGCGAGGGUAGAUGGCCAAAUGUUGCAGUAUUUGACAGUGAAUGAUCUGCUGUUCUUGAAAGUCACAAGUCAGCUCCAUCACCUCAGCAUCAAGUGUGCCAUCCAUGUGCUCCACGUCAACAAGUUCAACUCCAACUGCCUGAAGCGCAGGCCUGGGGAUGAGCAUAACAUCUCACCCUCUGAAGUGGUGCAGUGGUCCAACCACCGUGUAAUGGAGUGGCUGCGCUCAGUGGACCUGGCUGAGUAUGCGCCCAACCUGAGGGGCAGUGGAGUCCACGGGGGCCUCAUAAUCCUGGAGCCGCGCUUCAACUCGGACACAUUGGCCAUGCUCCUGAACAUCCCGCCCCAGAAGACGCUCCUGCGCCGGCACCUGGCCACCAACUUCGGCUCGCUGGUGGGAGGGCGGGCCCAGCAGGAGAAGAGGGAGUUCAUGGAGUCGCCCAGCUACACCCCGCUCACCACCACUGCCAAAGUGCGGCCGAGGAAGCUGCCUUUCUCCAACUUCAGCCAUCUGCGGAGGCGGAAGGCAGACGAGGCGGCGGACUACAUCUGCCCCCUGGAGGCGGCCCAAGUGCCGGCCCCGGCCCUGGUCAACGGACACCGGCCCUACAGUGGCUUCCGGGGCCUCAGCCCCAUCCUCGACAGGGACCCCGAGAGGCGGGGGGAGCAGGCGCUGGUGACCCAGGGAACCAUUAUGCAGAUAGAAGCUCUGUCAGAGGGAAUAAACAACCUGACAUACUUGUUAAGCCGCGACGAGCUACUGCGAGGGAUGCGCCGGAGCCAGACGGCUAUAGUGUGAGCUGGACGCUAACGGCCGCGGCUAACCAACACCAACAUCCCAUCCAGGGGAGCCUCAUACCUCAGCUUAACCCCAAGAGGCCUUUACCAGCUGCUUCAGGCA